GAAGGAGUGCUCAGGCAAGCGUCUGAGCGGCAGUCCGGCUCAUUUCCACAUCGCUGUACAUCCCUGACAGUGUGUUUACGCAAGAGUGUGUGUGUGUGUGUGUGUGAGAAAGAGUACGAGUGUCUGACAGAAGUGUGCGGUCGCCACCACUCAAGGAUUAAACUUGGACAGGUCUUCUUCUCCAGAGGAUAAGAAGAGUAUUGACUGGGUGGGGGAGGUGAUGAAGAGCUGCUGAAGCCGGGCUGUCGUUGAACCUGUGAACACUGUUUGAUAUUUAGGGGGGGGGUUCUUUUUUGUUUGUGUUGUUUAGCCCUCUCCCUCUGAGUAGAGGUGAAGAGGUGACUCUGGAAGUGCUCGCAGAGGAAUUUAAGCAGAAGCAGAGAUUCGAUCCCACUGAGCUGCUACUGGUCUCAGGGCAGUUUUGUAUUUUUUUUUUCUUCUUUUAAUCAUUCACUUGAUGCUGAGGCAGAAUGGACGGCCUCUCUCUAUUGGACACAGACUACAAUGACACUUACUUGGAUGAGCGUUUUUACUUCGAGGACAACAUUGAUGCGUUUGGCAUCACCAUGGCCAUCCUCUACCCGUUGGUGUGCAUCCUGGGACUAGCUGGGAAUUCCCUUGUCAUCGUCGCCAUUUUGAAAUUAGACAAAAUGUCGUCGUCCACCACGGUGUACAUUUUCAACCUGGCGCUGGCCGAUGGACUCUUCAUGGUUGGUCUGCCAUUUAUAGCGAGCCAGAACUUCCAGAACCGCUGGGUGUUUGGCGACAUCGCGUGCAAAGUGGUCAUGGUGCUGGACGGCAUCAACCAGUUCACCAGCGUCUUCUGCCUGACAGUGAUGAGCAUCGACCGCUACAUGGCGCUGGCCGACCCGCUUCGGUUUGCCCGCUGGAGAACGCCGCGCUGCGCAAAGAUCGUUUCGGCGGUUCUGUGGCUGUUCUCGCUCCUCACCAUCCUCCCCAUGGCGCUCCACUUCUCGGCGGAUAAAGGCCUAUGCAUACCAGAGCUUGUCUCGGACUCCUGGUGGCUCGGCAUCCUCUCUUACACCUUUGUCAUGGGAUUCGCUCUGCCGUUCACGAUGAUGACCGCCUCCUACACGGCGCUCCUGCUCACCCUGCGGCUGCAGCGGCUCAGAAGGUCAACACCAAACCAGGAAAGCCACCGGCUGGAGCGCCAGGUCACCAGGAUGGUGGUGGCGGUGGUGGUCGUGUUCGGUGUGUGCUGGCUGCCGUUUUACACCUUCAACUUCUGCUCCCUGCAUCAAAGUGGUCUGGUCCUGACUUUUGCCAGAGCUUUUGAGUGCAUGGUCCUUUUGUCAUACUCAUGGAGCUGUGCUAACCCCAUCCUCUACGCCUGCCUCUCCGACACCUUCAGGAGGCACUUCCGCACCCUCCUCUGCCCCAUGGUCAAGUCAUCUCCCAGCAUGCAGUGCAACACUGAACGGUAUGACUUGAAUGACACAGGGGAUGCCACCUUACCCGCAUAG